AUGCUUGCAUUGAUCAACAAGGCUGAAGAGAGCGUGUUGUUUUCCGACUUGGGCGGUGAUAUCUUUGCCGUCUACUGCAAGCGAGCUCUUGUCGAGCCAGAAUCUAGAUCCGUGGAGGAGGUCGGCAUGAUCCCCGAAGGGUGUGUGAUGGAUGCAAGUAGUAGCAACCAUGUUGCCAACGCACUGGCAAGGCUCUGCUUCAUCUGUGCCGCUUGCAGGCACUGCGAGAAGCUCAGACCUUAUGAAAGGACACUGAGAGCUGUGUGGUUGUUUACAGAGUGUGAGAGGCCGGAAUUCAACAAGAACGUUCACGACCUUGCCUGGCUGAGUGCAUGUGCCAAGGAGUCGACCAACUCUUUCCAUUGGUCCGUUCUUCCUUAUAGCUGA